ACAUAUGGAUAACAUAAAUAAAGAAGGUUAUGCAUUCGAUAUUGAACAAAAGACUCUGACUUUGUUUGACUUUGGGGGCCAGUCUGCAUACUACGCCUGUCAUCAGAUUUAUCUGACCAGGAGAGCUUUCUAUGUUGUGGUGGUGGACGCCUCUAAACGUCUUGACCAGAAGGUGGAUAAGAAAGUGUGUGAUCAAGAUGGAAGCGUCUUCUCUGGAUGGACCUAUGGGGAUUACUUUGUUUUCUGGAUUAAGUCUUUACAUACCUACUGCAGUUAUGACAAUGAACAAGAUCCACAGCCCACAGUUCUGAUAGUAGCAACCCAUUGGGACAAAAGAAUCGGACAGUUCCAUGAUAAAAUUAAAUUGAUGGAAAACCUUCGCUGUCAGAUUCCAAUGUCAUCUUACUUAUCGCAGUACAUCAGAAAAGAAAACAUUUUCUGUGCAGAUUUUGAUUUACCUAACCACGAUCUAGAAUCUUGCAUUUUCGACAUAGCUUCCCAUCAACGAUGGAACGAGAACAUUCCAAAAGAAUGGUCUUUUUUUGGAUUAGAAAUCAAUCAGGAAAAAAUGUUAAAACGAAUCAUGAAUAUCUCGGAAAUAACAACAGUUUCAGAGAUUACUGAUAGAGGAAAGAGAGCUUCCAAUAAAGUUGAAAAUGAAAAACUAGAUAUGCUGAGAUAUUACCAUGAUGCUGGAAAAGCAUUAUAUUUCAAUGAACACGGGUUGAACGAUAAAGUAAUAAUUGAUGUGCAAUGGUUUAUUGACGCCUUCAAACAUAUCAUCACAGACGAGCUACAUUUCAAAGGAAUUCCCGUUAACCAAAGGGACUGGAAUGAAUAUUACAAAACGGGAAAUCUGAAAGUCCGACUUCUUAAAGAGAUAUGGAAACACAAAGACGAAGAGUUGUCCAAAAAGCUGAAGGAAGAAGGCGAUGGCAACGACGUCCAAUCAUAUGUGAAAGAUGCCCGUUUUCUACAGUGUCAUAAGGAAUCACUUCUUAAUUUUAUGCAAAGACUUGGUUUGCUUGUUGUUGGUACAGAAUCUCACUAUGUCCCUUGUAUGAAUCGUAAAGAAAUAGAAAAAGAACUUCUAGAUCUCAUAAAACAAUCAGAGAGGAAAUCAUCUGUUCUCGUUUAUCAGUUUGAUUUUCUGCCAUUUUUCUUGUUUUUUCGCCUUGUUGUUGCUUGUAUGCAAGAGGGUGGUUGGAAAAUCCUACAGAAUCGAGGGACAUCUUGCCUGUACAAAAAUGCUGCUUUGUUUUCAUAUAUGGAAUACAACAUUGUUUUAUCCGUUACAGAAGAAUCUGUACAACUUCAGGUAUUUUGUCUCAUACAGGGACAUUCUUUGGAAACAGAAAAAACAUACAUGAUUCAAGGAAGAAUAGAAGAGCUGUUAAAUGAUUUAGCACAAACAUUUCACAGAAAAAUACAGUUUGCAAGAGGCUUUAGAUGUCGAAUGGACGACGAAGAAAUAAUUGCUAUGAAUAUAAAGGAGCAUUUCUUACCUGAAAAAGAUAUCCCAAAUAGAGACCUCACAUUAAUGUGUCCUUUGCAUUCAAUUGAUGAUCGGCAUAUCAUUGAUGCCGCUGAACUUACUAGAUAUUGGAAAUUGUAGAGAGAAAAAAAUGUGUUUGUGAAAUACUAUGCGCCCGGCUGCACAAAGUUCGAAAAAAGCUCUUAUUAGCACAAAGGUCAGUGUCGAGGUCACAAGAUCAAUGACCUAGGUGUCAUUUAAAAUAACUUGGUGAGUGAAGAACGUAAUCAUACCAAAUAUGAAGUCUAUCUUUAUUAGUUAAAGACGUUAUGGUGAAAGUUAAAGUUUGCAGAGAGAACAAAUAUUUUUAGCAUAUAAGUCACAGUCAAGGUCACAAAGUCCUUGACUUUGAUGUCAUUUGAAAGAGCUUCAUUAGUUGGAUAUACAUUCCAAAUAUUAAGUCUCUAACAUUCAUGGUUCAAAAUUAUGUUGAAGGUUAAUGUUUGCAGACAAACAGACAGCUAUAUAGCUAGACAGACAGAAAGAUAGAUAGACAAACCGCCAGGACAAAAACAACAUUCUCCACGGAUCUAUCUAUCCGGGCGCAUAAAAAGGCAUCCACGAACUGUCAAUAAUUGAGAGAAUUGCAAAAGUAACAAUAUUUCAAAACGCUCGAAAAUUAUACAUUUUUUAUACAGGUUUCAGAAUUUCAAUUUUUUUUCUUCAUUUUGUCACUCAAUGGAAACUGGAAACAUGCUUAGAGUAUUCAUCUUUAUAUAUAUUGGCGUCUGGGAUUCAUUGUACAUUGCUUUUGGUAUAUCUUUAGCAAACAAAUUCUUCAUUACUUUUCACUAAGAAUAUGUACAGUAGCUGUGGUUUGUAAUUUUUAACUCU